CUGCUCAGAUCCCGUCGCGCUUUCUCCCCUUCUCGGUGACCUCAACUCCUUUAAACCGACCCCACCCCUCAUAAGUCGAGUACCGCCCCUGUAGGGGGGAGGGGAAGAAGAGGAAAUUUCAAACGCGGGUUGAGUCUUGUGGGCACCCGUAGUGGGAAACCGUGGCCCGCUGGUCCCUGGGUUGAAGGGAGUGUCCGCGCUCAAAGGAGUUUUGGGUGGACCGCGCGGCUGGCCGGGUCCGACUUGCGCCGCUUGGAGAACGCGAGAGUGAGUUGUACCCUUGACGACGCGCGGAGCGGCUGGCGCAGUCAUGGCCGACUACUGGAAGUCUCAACCAAAGAAAUUCUGUGAUUACUGCAAGUGCUGGAUAGCAGACAAUAGGCCUAGUGUUGAAUUUCAUGAAAGGGGAAAGAAUCAUAAGGAAAAUGUGGCAAAGAGGAUCAGUGAGAUUAAACAGAAAAGCCUGGACAAGGCAAAAGAAGAAGAAAAGGCAUCAAAGGAGUUUGCUGCAAUGGAAGCAGCUGCCCUGAAAGCAUAUCAAGAGGAUUUGAAAAGGCUUGGCUUAGAGUCAGAAAUUUCAGAGGCAAGCAUGUCACUAGUACCCAGCAUUACUCCACCUCCCUCGGCAUCAAAUCAACAGAAAGAAAAGAAGAAAAAGAAGAAGAAAAAAGAUUCUUCAAAGGGUAGAUGGGUAGAAGGCAUAACCUCUGAGGGUUACCAUUAUUAUUACGAUCUUAUCACAGGAGCAUCUCAGUGGGAGAAACCUGAAGGAUUUCAAGGAAACUUAAAAAAGACGAAGGCCAUUUGGGUAGAAGGUUUAAGUGAAGAUGGUUAUAACUAUUAUUAUAAUACAGAAACAGGAGAAUCCAAAUGGGAAAAACCUGAUGAUUUCAUUCCACAUACUGGCAAUAUGCUUUCUAAUAAGGCCGAUGAAAAGUCACUUGGCACCCUAGAAGAAUCUGAAUCAUCAGAUAGUGAAUCUGAUAGAGAACAAAAGGAAGCAAAAGGAGAAGUCUCUACAGAAACAAAACAGCCAAAAAUAAAUUUUAAGGAAAAAAAUAAAAAUAGCAAUGAAGGAACUGUCCCAAAAAUACAGAAAGAAAAAAGUGUCCAAAAACAGAAUUCAUCAGGUCUAAAUGAAGAAAAAUCCAAAACUUUGAAAAAAUCAAACCCAUAUGGAGAAUGGCAAGAAAUUAAGCAAGAAAUUGAGAAUGACAAGGAGGUAGAUUUGGACCUUCCAAGCACUGAAAAUGAAUAUGUAUCAACUUCUGAGGCUGAUGCUGUGGAACCCAAAGUGGUAUUUAAGGAAAAAACAGUUACUUCUCUUGGAGUUGUGGCAGAUGGAUUGGCGCCAGUCUUCAAAAAGAGAAAAAUGGAAAAUGGAAAAUCCAGAAAUUUAAGACAACGAGGUGAUGAUCAGUGAUUGCAAAAGAUCUUUUUAUACAUGAAUUUUGACAAUAAUGGAGACUUACACAUCCUAAAGCUUCUCUGCCUUUGUUACUGAGUACUUUGAUGAUGGAAAUUUAGAUUUAUUCUAAAUGUGUUUUAUGUGAAUUAAAUCUUUUUCACGUGAAAUUUAUUUUUAUUCCUAAAAUGGAAGCCUACCACAUUGCAUUGUAAUACAGUGUAUUAUGUUCAUUGUCUAAAAAUUGCUAAUUAUGUCAUAAUUUAAGAUGCUAUGUGUCUGUUAUUUAAAAUACAGAAAAAUAAGACCUUUAUUCCAUUCUUACUUAUGUGAACAUUUUUAUCCUAUAUUGAAAAUGCAUUAGUUUAGCAUACUGUUAUUAAAAAAAUAAGAAUCAGACCACAUAAGAGAAGAUUCACAGCCUAGUGACAAUGUGGUUCUGAGGAUCCUAGCCAAAGGUUGAUGUAAAUGGAUGUAUAUUGGUUUAUCUUACUCAAUUUAAGAUCAAAGGCCAGAAUCAGGAGCAGCUCAGGUACUUCAAAUGUAGAGCAUAAAAUGGAGCAAAAACUGGACCAAAGGUAAAAAUGGGUAUUUUGCCUAUGUUCAGUUUAAAACAACAAAUGCUACAUAAGCAUUUUAACUUUGAGCCAACCAUUGUACUAAAAACCGCGAUGUAAAAAAGAAACAUGUCCUUAUUCUUCAGGAGUUCACAUUCCAACUUGGUCCUUUUUCCCCAGUCAUGUACUUUUCUUUAACAGCCUUAUAUGUGCUGGGAAAGAUUUUUUAAGGCUUAUUUAAAGAUAUGUAGCUAAAGGCUUGAACUAAAAUACUAAGGUCUCUGACUUCAGCAGAUGUUUUUAGUAUUCAGUUAGACAUACUAGAAAUUUCUCAUUUUCUGGUUAGAGUUCUUAAAAAGUAGAAUUUUCUUAAUCUAUUUGAAGUAGGUUCCUCCCAUUAUUUUACAAAUUUAUUGUAAAAUUGUAUUUUUCAUAGAUUGUACAGUAUUUAACUUUUGGUAGCAAAUAUUUGUCUUUUUACUAGUACUAGUGUACAUAUAAGAACAAUAGCUUAUUAAAGACUUCAUAAAGUAAA